UAGUGGUUGCCUCGAUUAUCCUCAGGCCACCUUGGUUCCUUCUCCUCAGGGCUGCUUCAGCUUGCGAACUAAGCUGAAAAGAGAUUCUUUGUAUUAUCACUUGGCAUGUACUUGAAGUAUGGUGGCUCAUAAGCAACGUGCGACAAUUCGCGACGGAUAUGGUUCUUAAUUCCCAACUGUCACCGUUUGGCGACUAAAACAAGCCUCACGAUCUGGCGAUCACUCAAUCUUGCUCUAUCACACUGAUACUAGCAGCAGCAUCUGCAGCACCAGCAGCAGGAAGCCUGACGCGAGAGAUGGCUUUAGCUAACGGCUGUGAAGACAACCCUAAGCGCAGUCUAGACCGCUAGGGGACGUAGAGUAGUUGGAGCGAAAUGCAGUCGCAGCAGCAGCAGAUGCAGGCGGGACCGCAUCCCCCGCAGCAACCGCGCCAUCCGCAGCAGCCCAAGCAGCCUCAUUUCGUGCAGAGACUAUCCCCCUCCCCUCAACGCCAGCAGCAGCAGCAGCAGCAACAACAACAACAACUGCAGCAGCAGCAGCAGCAGCAGCUGCGGGUGGAUAGUCCGCAGCAUCCGACCACGCGGCAGCGGCCCCAGAAUGGCCCGAGCCAGGACAGUAUGACCCCAGGCAGGCAUCCGAUUGGCGGGCGAGGCAGUCGGAAUCAGCCUUCUGGCAAUGCGGAGCCCGGAGCAAGCACUCCCCCUCCGCGCAGCAUGAUGCGCCGAUCCUACAGCGAGAAGCAGGGCAGCUCGGGGUUCGUCCGGGGGGGGGGAAGCGGAAGCAGCACGGGGAGCAGCGCGGCGGAAGACGCACCGCACUGGGCGCGGGGACUGCCCAGCGGACCUGGCCCCGGGGGUGGCGCACCAGGCGCAGCAGGGGGAAGCGCUCCAGGGGGAGGGGUGGGGGGAGUGAGCAGUCCCGGGCGGGGAUUCGGUCCGCCUCCGCUCGUGUCAAGUCCGCAUUGCAUGCAGCAACCGCCGCCGCUGCACCCGCGGUCUACUUCAGAGGAAGACAGGGACAGGGUUUCCGCCAUGAGUAAUCCCGCGGCUGCUGCUGCGCGAAUGGCGGCCGCGAAUAGGCUGGCGCAGGCUCAGGCGCAGAGGGGGGCUCUGGAACGGGGGUCCGCGGAGAGGGAGGAGGGUUCCGCGUCUGAUGGUGGGGGAACGGGGCGGGGGGUGACUAGCGCGGGAUACGGGCCCCUGGCGCCGCUCCAGCAGCAGCGGAAGGAUGUAUUUAAGGCGGAACGGGGGAGGAGUUUGGAUCUGAGCACAGAAAAAGUGGCUGCGCCUACUAGGGGGGGAAUGCACCGGGUAGGAUCCGGGGAGGCGUUUGUACCGAUGCACAAGGGGGGAGUGUUGCCAGAGGGCGCGGUGGGGACGUGGGAGAUUGGCGGUCGGCAGCAGCAGCAGCAGCCACAUCCACCCGUGCAGUUGCAGGGGCGUCAAGUACAGCAGCGCCAGCAGCAGCAGCUCGGCAUACGGAGUCCGUUAGCAGGCCGAGGUGGGGGAAUGAGGGGGUCGCAAUUUCAGGCGCAAGGGCAGGCGCAAGCGCAAGGGCAGUUGAGAGACCCGGGAAUGGCUGGCAAUGAAGGCGAGGAGGGGAGGCGGGGAGGGCAGGGCGAGGCGGUUGGGGGGGGGAAGGACGCGCAAGAGGAUGGGGAAGAGGGGGACGUGGAGAGCGAGGCUGGCGGGCGCAGGCGCAUGCGCCCUGGUGCGGGUGCUAGCGCUGGCGGUUCUGGCUCUGGGGCUGGUGGCCCUGGUGGCGGGAGUGGUGGCACUGCGGUUAGUGCAGGCGCUGGUGGUGGUGGUGGUGGUGGGGGAGGGGGAGGGGGUGGGAGAGGCGGGAGGGGCGGGAGGGGUGGGAGGGGUGAGGGAGGAGGUAGGGGGUUUGGAAUGGGCGGGAGAGGGGGAAGAGUGGGCCCAGGCACACGUGGGAGAGAGGGGGAAGGAGCUGGUGCGGAUGCCGGUGCUAGUGCUGCUGCUGGUGCCAGUGCUGCUAUAACUAUGGGUACCACCUCAGCAGCGGGUGCAGCCCCAGCAGCAGCGGCGCCAACUGGGUGGGGAGCAGGGGCAGCAGCACAGCAGCAGCAGGGCCAGCUGGGACCGCAGGGUCUACAGCAGGGUCUGCAGCAGCAGCAGCAGCAGCAGGUUCAAGAUCAAAGUCAGCAGCAGGGUCAACGUGUGCGAAGGCUCUCAGUGUCCUCUGCUAGCUCAGUUGCCAGUGACGCCAGCGGGGCCUCGGGCGCUAGAGGCACAGGCGGUGUAGCAGGGGUGGGGGGAGGGAAUGCAGGGGGGGAGAGUGGUGAGGGGGGAGGCGGAGGAGGCGGAGGAGGCGGAGGAGGCGGAGGAGGCAGAGGGUUGGGGGGAAGUGGGAGGGAAAAUAGUGGAGAUGAAGGGUCAGCGGGCAGCAAUAUGGGGGCUGCUACACCUGCCAUGGAUUUUGGGUCCAAGCUUGCUGAUGAUGGUACCAUAACCAUCUCAGUUCCGUCACGUGCCUCAGGCGUUUCAGGUGUUUCUGGUGCCUCAGGGGCUUCAGGAGCUUCAGGUGCCUCAGGUGCUUCAGGUGCAACUGCGGCUCGGCUAGACAUAGACCUCUACAGUCCCCUCCCAGGGGGGAGCUUCAGCUGCUCUGGCGUAGCCCCGCUUGCUCCUCCUGCCAUUCUUAGCGACAGUGACAGUAAAGAGACAGCUGCUAAAGAGAAUGGUGAGGCUGAUGGCACAGGUUCUGACAGGGUGCCAAAAUCUCCAAAGAAAAGCAAGAAGGGGGCAAAGGGAGAAGGAAAGGGGCUGGGGAAAAGGGACGGGGAAGGGCGUGGAAGGGAGGCGGACUCAAGAGGAGGGGGAGGAGGAGGAGCAGGAGGAGGAGGAGCAGGAGGAGGAGGAGGAGGGGAAACAGGUACUGAUUCGAGUGCAGGGGAGGGGUCCCGAGGGGGAGGUGGAGGUGGGAAGGGAGGGAAGAGUGGCGGGAAGAAGAAGAGCGGGAGGACCAAGUCUGGGUCGCUGGCAGAGCUGGUCCCAGGGAGGAACCACCGGCGGGCAGCGUCACAGGGACAGGAGAAGGGAAAAGAAAGUGCACUGAAGAAGGGUGGGGAGAAGGGGCAGGAGCGGGGUGUUGUGGCCAAGAGUGAGGGGAAUCAACUAGUUAUGGCUGGUGAGGCCAGGGAUGGGGAUCUAGCAGUUGCUGUGGCUGGCGGCACAACGGAGCCCCCUGAUGCUUCAGCUGGUGACGACGCCCUUGCGCUCUACAGGGCUGGGUCGCCCUCCAUAGGCCAGCUGCAGCUGCUGGUGUCACCGGCCGUGUUCUCCCGGGUCAUCAGCUGCAACGGCGCUGCUGCUGCUGCGCUGAGGUGCCCCAGCGAGGACAUGCUGUGGGGCAACUCGCUCUGCGACUCCCUCUGCCCUCAACACGUGCCCAAGUUUGAGGCGUGGCUGCUCCUCGUGUCUCAGAUGGUUCACUCAGCCGCGCUCCCCCUCCACCUGCACCAGAAGCCACCUCCCCCGCUACAGCUCACUCUCGCCAGCCACGCCGGUGCUGCCGUCUCCGUGCAGCUCGUGGCUGUGCCGCCCCUCGCCCUCUCCCAUGCCACACCUUCUGAUUCCGUAACUGCUGCUGCUGCUGGCUGCUGCUGCUGCUGCUAUGUCACUCUGCUUGUCCGGGACCUCCCCUCCUCCUCCACACUCGCUUCUUCUUCCGCUGCUGCUGCUGCUGCUGCUGCUGGUCCUGGGGAGCAAGUCGGCAGUGGGUUGUCUGGGGAGAGGGGAGGAGGGCGUAGGGUGGGAGGGAGUGGAGGAUGGGGCAGCAGUAGUGGGGCAGUGGGUCUGGCUGAUCUCUACGCUGCUGCUGCCACAGCGGGCAGCGGCAAGAACCACCCCAAUUUAACUGACCUAUAUGCUCUCUCCGCUGCUCCAACCGCUGCUCCUGCUGCUAUUGCCGCUGCGGGAACUGCCGCUGCCCCUGUGAGUCUGGCGCAGCUCGGCGAGGAGGAUACAAAGGUGCUGAGGGCGCUGGUGAGGGGCGAGGUGGAGGAGCAGGUCGGGCGCGAAGUGCGCCAGAGAACGGCCCUGGAGCUGCAGGAGGAGCUAAAGACAAGGCACGCCGCCCUCAUGGCAUCGCUCACGAGGGAAAUCGCCAUGCCGCUCAACGCAAUGAUCAGCGUGACCGACUUCCUUCUCAAUUCGCGCUCACUCACCCCCGACCAACGAUCUCUCGUCCAGCUCCUCCUGUCUUCGGCCGAAAGCCUCUCCCAAACCCUUGCCCGCCUGCUCAAGUCCCCCGAGGCUAAUCCCGAGGCUGAUGCCGAGCCUGACGAUGAGGAUGACGAGCCGCCGAAGCUGGAGCUUCGGGAGACGGACUUGCAUCGAGAGGUGCGCGAGUGCGUGCGCCUGAUGGACGUGCACGCCAAGGAGAAGGGCCUGGCUUUGCUGUGCGGCAUCGACUCCGCCGUGCCGCAGUUCAUCCUGUCUGACGGCCCCGCCAUCCGCCAAGUGCUGCAGAACCUCAUCUUCAACGCCGUGCAGCACACCGACAGGGGUGACGUCACAGUUUCUGUGCGCCUGGCGUCAGACAAGGAAGCGGAGGAGCACAGAGUGAGGCAACGCCGCAAGGACAGUGCAGCCGUGGCAACGUUCCUGGAGAGGCGGAGCAGCAGCGCGCGCAGGGGAGGAGGGGGAGAGGCGAUGAUGAGGGGCGAGGAUGGCACGGGCGGGGAGGGCGAGGCAGGCUCGGUGCUGCUUCGGUUUGAGGUUCGGGACACGGGGAAUGGGAUCAAUGCGGAGUUAAAGGCUGCUCUCAUGCAAGAGCUGGAGAAGGUGCGUUCUGAGGGAGGACAAGCCCUCUCCCUCAUCCCUCGCGUCGUUCCUCCUCGGCCGUCCCUUCGCCACCACCGGCCUCGGCGCUGUGCACAACCUCAUCUCACACCUCCUCAUCCCCGCGCCCGGCACCUCUGCCGCCGCGCCCUUGCCGCCAUAGCCCCUUCAAGCGCAGCAGGAGGAGGGGGAGGAGCAGGAGGAGGGGGAGGAGCUGGGGGGUUAGGGACGUUCAGCAGGUCGAGUAGUUACUCGAGUGCAGCAGGGGUGGGGGUGGUGGGGGGGUGGGGCAGUGGGGCAGUGCAGCUGCAGAGCGAGAUAGGAAGGGGCACGUCGGUGGUGUGUUUCCUGCCGGUGCCGCUGGCCUCGUGCCAGACCUUGAGUCCCGAGGAGCUGAACCCGCACCAGCCGUUGGAUAUGGAUGUUUGGACGGAGCUGCCCAACGCACGGAUCCUCAUCGUUGAUGCCAACGACAUGCAUCGCCAGAUGGCCCUCUCAAUGCUUCGCUCCACUGGAGUGUCAUUCGACGUCGCCAGCUCCUCCCAGGAGGCGCUCUCCCUCUUCGAGCGCCGCCCCUUCGACCUCGUCCUGCUGGACUGCUAUCUGAAUGGUCCCGUGGACGGCUUUGCCACAGCCACGCUCCUGCGGCAGCUGGAGGUGGAUAUCGCCCUGAAGAAGCACCUGCGCAGGAGCAACAGCAACAGAAGCAACAGCAGCAGAAGCUCCUCUGCGGCUGCUGCUGCAGAGGGAGGGGGGACGGUGGUGUCGCGGGCGUGUAUCGUGGCGCUGACGCCCGGCACGGGGAACGAUGAGGAGGAGGAGGAGCGGUGCACUGCUGCUGGGAUGGACUACUUUAUUCCCAAGCCGCUGAGACUGAGAGACCUACACAUGGUGAUCAGGCACCGACUGGAAGUGCUGGCGCCCUACGUGCUCCCAGGCCAUGCGGCCUCUCUGGUCCUUCUAGAAGCAGCGCCUUCAGACGACUCUGAUGAUGACGAUGACGAUAGCGAGAAUGACAAUAACGAGGACAGUAGCAUAACCAACAACAUGCAGGCUUGGAUGAAAGGCUUGGCCCAAGCCUCAGCAUUCAACCAGCCUCCUUUCGACCUGACAAAUAACCUGGGCAAUGCAGCAUCAGCAUCCGCAGCAGCAGCAGCAGCAGCAGCAGUUUCGGCGGCAGCAGCAGCAGGGGACUACGAAGCACAGCAGCUGCUGAUGGCAAGUGCGCUGCAGUCCCUCCCCCCUGAGCUCGCCAGUUCUCUGCAAGGCUGUGAUCCUGUUGCCCUGGCAAACGCCCUGCAGGCUGUAGCGGCUGCUACAGCGGCAUCAGACGAAAUGCAACUGCAGCAGCAGCAGCAGCAGCAGCAGCUGUGGCAGGAGUUUGGUUUGUCGCAGCAGGCAUUCCUAGCUGCUGCUGCUGCCGGGGCUGGUGGUCUAGGGGCUGGAGGUGGGGGUCAGGGAUCGGGAGGUGGGAUACAGAGGCAGACAGGGGAUAUGGGAGGGGAGGAUAGUGACGAUGAAGGGGGGAGUGUGGUUGAGUUAGACGACGGAGAGGACGAAGAGGAGGAGGGGGAUAGUGAUAGCGAUGGGUCUGUAGUUCAGGUGCGAGAUCCGAAGAAGCUGAGUGCUAAGAGGUCAGAUAUAGCUGAGCUGCUGGUGGAGCUGGGGCAGCGAGAGGAGGAGAGCAGGCGAGCACUUAGCAUGGGCCGUGAUGGUAGCGGGGAUGGCAGAAACGAGGAUGGAAAUGGCAGGGGUGGUGGUGAUGGCGGUCGUGGUGGUGGUGGUGGUGGCGGUCGUGGUGGUGGUACUGGUGGAAACGAUAGCGAUGGUGAUGAUGAUGGUGAUGAUGGGGCAGGGUCGGUAGUGGAAAUAGAUACAAGUGAGGCAGUUGAUUUCAGGAAGCUGAGUGCGAAGCGGUCGGACAUAGCAGGAGUGUUGUGGGAGCUGGGGAGGAGAGAGGAGGAGAUAGAGGAGGAGGAGAUAGAGGAGGAGGAAACCGAGGGAGGGAUGGGGGGAGGGAUGGGGGGAGGGAUGGGGGAGGGAUGGGGGGAGGGAUGGGGGGAGGGAUGGGAGGAGGGAUGGGCGGUAGGGGAGAUGCGGGGGAUGACUAUGCAGGAGAUCUGGGCUCAGGUGUCGGCUCGGGAGCAGCUGGAAGGGACGCGAGGCGCACACGUUGAGGCGUGCCGUGGCAAUGGCAACGACAGUGAUGAGGAGGAGGAGGAAGAGGAGGAGGAGGAGGAGGAUGAUGAGGAAGAGGAGGAGGAGGAGGAGGAGGCAGCGAGGCAGGCGAUGUUUGGAAUGGCCAAGUCCAAAACCUUCUCCUCUCGGCAGUAUCAGCAGCAGCACCAGGGGGCGGAGCAGCAGGGGCACACACACUUAGACUCCAGAACACGAUCCAUGGGGCACACUUUAUCCGCAGCAGCAAUGGCAGGAGCAAUGGCAGCAGCAAUAGCAGGAGCUAUGCCAGGAGAUUCGCCAGGAGAUUUCCCAGGAGCUUUGAGGGCCAGCCGAACGGUUGCAGGGGGUCCAAUCACGGUUGUCCCUGGCCCUGGCAGGGAGGCAGGCACUCGGAUGUCCUACCCUAUCCCUGGGGAUUUCACCUCCCCUUCCUACUCCCCCACGCCUUCACCACCCCACUGGUUUCAGCCACAGGAUCCGUGGGAAGGGGAGGGAUGGGGGGAGCGACGGGAGGGCAGUGCGGGUAACAGUGGGUUUGGGGGGGAAGCUCUAGGCUCGGGCCUUUCCCCUGCUUCUGCUGCCUCUUCCCUCUCCCCACACAUGCAAGCCUUUCAGGCUGCCCGUUUCGGGCAGUUCGGGCAGACGGAAUUUUCCCGAGGUGCCCCGUCGGAUCCCCAAGCUACAGCAGCAGCUGCCCUGGCAGCAACGUGGCCCAAAGCCAACGGCGCCCUGGGCCUGGCCGGACCUAAAGGCUCGGCCGAGCCCGAGCAUAACCGUGACGGUCGGCGGUACGAGCGCCUGAGAGGAAGCAGCUCAGAAGAAUCACUUGAUCAGGAGAGAGGGAAGAGGGGGGGAGGGAGGGGGGGGGGCAGGGCAGCUGCUGACAAUGAUGAUAACGAUGAUGGGGAGAGUGAUGAUGAUGACGAUGGGGAGGAGGAGGAGGAUGAGGAGGAUGAGGAGCCAACUCUUGUACGUACUUUCACCGUGAAGGCUUCAGGGGACCAGAUCCGGAGCCUGCUCAGAAGCAGAACGUCCGAGAGGGGCACACGGGCGGCAGGAGGGGCGGGAGGCUUGGAUGGGGAUAGCGACGAGGAGGACCCUCGAGCCUUGUUCCGAAGCAAGACGGCAGGUGCGGGCAAGGGGAUGCAUGCGGAGGAGCUGGUUUCCCUGUCGGCCCUGCAGGAGUUCCAGGGGCGGAUGAGCAGCCUGGCCAAUGCUGCUGGCACUGGUGCCGGUGCUUCUGCUGCUGCUGCUGGUGGUGCUGGUGGUGGUGGCGUGAGUGGUGGGAAUCAGGGGAGAACGGCAGCAGCAGGAGGGGGGAUGGUAGGGUUCAAGAGGGAUUGGGAGGCGGAGUUUCUGGCGAGUGUGGGGCUCACUAAGGUGGGAGGGGUGGUGCAGCCGCAAACACAAGGCGCAGGGCAAGGCCCGAUGGAUAGUUUUGAGCAUCUGAGAGGGGGCUUUUAGGUCUACUCUAUGAGCGGAGUUUCUUUGGAGUGUCGAGAAUAGUAAGGUCGGAGGGGUGAUGCAGCCGCAAAUUCGAGGGGGGCGAGGGAGGGGGGCUGAAGAUGGGCAGGGGCGGAAGGAGGGGGCAGACAGAUUUUUUCUUAAAUCUAGUUGUGGACUAAGAAGUGGAGCCACAAGUUGUAGGUCAUAUAGGCAGUACCGUAAUCUGCUGGGUGAUGAUGAUUAUGCUGUUAUGAUUGCGGUGUAGUAGUACUGUCUCGCGAUGGUGAAAAUCUACUGUCUCGCAUUUACAACUCUCAUCACUAGGCCUCAGGAUAUCAGGGUAAAAUACCCUUACGGCCCUUAUAAUAAGGGUGGGGUAGCUGUUCUACCCUUAGGAAAAAAAUUAGAUCUAUACG